AUGCUUGAAAAGUUGCUGGACGUAUACCACGAAGCCCACCGUAGACUGGGCAAACAUGCUAAAGAUGGCGAGACGAAAAGUCACGGAAUAAUGACACCAAGAACUUCCGUCGCAUUUCCGAACCUCCCGCCACGAGAAUCGGAAGUGCACUCCACUCGAAUUCGUGGCCUAAUCCACUCGAUGGCGUCGUGGAAUUACCCCGCAAUGAAGUGCAGAAAAACGCGCUUCGCGAAUCAAUCCCCGCCUAAGGCAUGUUUCCAUAUGGGACAAGCGGCUGGAAGAGUGUUCGGCGGCAGGAAUUUGGGAACGAUGGAGUAG